AUGUGGGUUGACCAAUUCACCCCUGGAGGUCAGCGUGUGACCCACUGCACUUGCUCUCGGACGGGCCGCCACCUGGCCACGUUCACCCGUCGGCCUGGGUCGAGUCUGUACACACUGACUACUGCGUCUCCUCCAGUUCCUGUGUCUAGUCAGGUAGCCGCGUCUGGUCAGGUGUUUGCUGCCGCGUCCAGGUCUAGUCCGGCGUCUGCCCCCUGCUCGUGUCGUCCUCUGUCACACGAGACUCUCCUUUGGCACCACCGCCUUGGUCACCCCUCCCUGCCUCGUCUUCGAGGUAUGGCCUCCCGUACCCUUGUCUCUGGUCUCCCCCAGUCCCUCCCUCCCCUUCCUUCGGGGCCGGCCCCUACCUGUGUUCCUUGUGUCGAGGGCCAACAGCGCGCCGCUCCUCACUCCUCCGAGUUUCCUCCGACAGAGGCUCCCCUGCAAACUCUUCACAUGGACGUGUGGGGCCCAGCCCGCGUCCGUGGGCAGGGUCACGAGCGUUACUUCCUGCUGGUCGUUGACGACUACUCGCGUUACACCACAGUCUUCCCCUUGCGCUGCAAGGGUGAGGUCACUGAGGUGUUGAUCGACUGGAUCCGCGGUGCUCGUCGCCAGCUCAGCGAGAGUUUCGGCUCGGACCUUCCUGUUCUGCGUCUGCACUCAGACAGAGGUGGUGAGUUUUCCUCCGACCUUCUGAGGGCUUUCUGUCGUGCGGAGGGCAUCCGCCAGACGUUCACGCUUCCGGCCUCCCCACAGCAAAAUGGGAUUGCUGAGCGCCGCAUUGGCAUGGUCAUGGACGUCGCUCGUACGUCCAUGAUCCAUGCGGCUGCUCCCCAUUUUCUGUGGCCGUUCGCGGUUCAGUACGCUGCGCAUCAGAUCAACCUUCAGCCUCGUGUCUCCUUGCCGGAGACCACACCUACUCUGCGGUGGACGGGAAAGGUUGGCGAUGCGUCUGUGUUCCGUGUCUGGGGAUCUCGAGCUUUUGUCCGCGAUUCUUCCGCGGACAAGCUGUCCUCCCGUGCUGUUCCCUAUGUCUUCCUUGGCUUCCCCCCUGACGCGCCUGGUUGGCAGUUUUACCACCCCACCUCGCGUCGUGUUCUGUCCUCUCAGGACGUCACGUUUGACGAGUCGGUAACUUACUACCGUCUCUUUCCCUACCGCACUGCCCCUCUCCCCCCCCCGCCGCUCUUCCUAGCACCAAGUGCUCCUCCAGUAGACCCCCUCCCCCCUCAGGGUCCUGCCCCCUCAGGUGUGUCCCAGGUAGACCCUGUCAAGCCUGUUGAGGUAGCUGUCGACUUUGGUACUGCUAGGGGUGCUGAGCCUGCGGGUGCGGGUGCGGGGCCUGGGGGCGCUGAGCUUGGGGUUGCUGAGUCUGGGGGUGCUGAGCCUAAGGGUGCGGAGCCUGGGGGUGCUGAGCCUGAGCGUGUGGAGCCUGGGGGUACUGAGCCUGGGGGUGCUGCGUCUGGGGGUGCUGAGCCUGAGCGUGCUGAGUCUGGAGGUCCUCCGGGUGUCUUGUCACGGCGGGAGUCCCGCUCUCCACAGCAGCUGCGAGAGUGGUACGCUCGGCGCUGUCGCUGUGUUGCUGGAGCUGCUGGAGUUGGAGCUGCUGUAGGUACUGCUGGUGCUGGAGCUGCUGGGGGCGCUGGAGCCGCUGGUCCCGGAGGUGCUCGCACUGGAGGUGCUGGAGCUACUGGAGUUGGAGCUGCUGGAGGUCCUGCUGGUGCUGGAGCUGCUGGAGGUGCUGGAGCCGCUGGUCCCGGAGGUGCUCGUACUGGAGGUACUGGAGCUGCUGGAGCUGGUGGUGCUACACGAGUUGGAGCUGCUACUGCUGGAGGUGCUACUGGUGCUGGAGCUGUUGCUGCUGGAGGUGCUACUGGAGCUGGAGCUGCUGGAGGUGCUGCAACUGGUAGUGCUGCGGGAGUUGUAGCUGGGGACCCUGGAGCUGGGGGUACUGGUGCUGUUUCUGCUGGUUCUGGAGGCGCUGCGCGGCCGCGGCCGUACUACGUUCCCCUCCUUCAGCAGGUUCUUGGCCUCCCGCCUUCUACUGGUCCUAGUCCUCCCUUUCUGAGUCCACCGCCUGUCCAGUCGCAGUCGCAGUUACAGCCAGCCUCUCCACUGCCUGGUCCUUCUCCUUACUCUAGAGGUCUUACGGAGCGUCGUGAGCCUGAGUCUCGUCCUGCGUCGCGUGAGUCUCGUCCUGCGUCGCCUGAGUCUCGUCCUGAGUCGCCUAUUCGCGCUGUCCGCACUGGUCGUCGUGUUCCGCGUCAGCGUCCUCCUACUGUCCAUGGCACUCACGAUAUGACUCUGCGUCCUUCCACUGCUCCACAGCGUGUCCCUCUGCCGUCUCCUCCUGCGUCCUCUCUUCCUGACGGUCAGGACCCAGAGUCUGACUCCCUUCGUGCUGCUAGUCCUACUGUCACGCGUUUCCUGGCCACUGUUGUCACUGACCCUUUGUUUGAGUCCAUUGCUGCGUCUGCUCUAGUUGCUGAGCUUGUUGACUUUGCUGCCGCCUGUCGUCUAGACUACGCUGCUAGCCUUACAGGAGGAGUUUGA